CUAAUUUUCAAAGCUGGCAUCUGUUCCAGCCCAGCGCAGCGCCGCGUUGAUCUGCUUGAACACACCAUUCAAGCGCAUUACUAUGCUAAGUGAUCGUUUUACAACAUGAGGAAGCGGCAGAUGUUUACAUCCCUCUCUCUAGUGGCCAGCGCUUCAGUAGUAUUGUACGCGAGAGCAGCCUAUCCUUCUUGCACGCCCACUGUCUGUUACACAAACUUGUAUCAUGAUUUCAAGAUCACUCCGGUCAUAGAAGGCCAUCGAGACGUCUCUCUUCUUCAAAUAGCAUAGAACAGCGCUUCGACCUGUCAAUUCAGUUUGCAUUGAAAGGAUGUGGAUUCCUAUGCUGAGUUUGACUGCUCUGCCACACGUUGGUGGAAUAUUUGGAGGUUUAAUUACACGGAAGGAGGUGAAGACCUGGUACACCAGGCUCAAUAAACCCUCAUGGAGGCCACCUAAUGCUGCCUUUCCAGUGGCGUGGACCACUCUCUACACUGGCAUGGGCUACGGUUCAUACCUUGUGUGGAAAGAGCUUGGAGGCUUCACUCAGGAUGCAUUGUUACCACUGGGGCUCUAUGGGAUGCAGUUAGCACUUAAUUGGGCCUGGACCCCCAUCUUCUUUGGCGCUCACAACAUUAAGCUGGCAAUGAUAGAGAUUGUGAUGCUGACUGGCACAGUGGCAGCCACAAUGGUGUCUUGGUAUCCCAUCAGCCGCACUGCAACUCUUCUCAUGGUACCAUACUUGGCCUGGCUCUGCCUCGCUACCAGCCUCAACUACUGCAUUUGGAGGGAUAAUCCAGACCCCAAAAAAGAUUACUAAAGAGGCCAAUAAAAAUUAACACUAUUCUAACUAACACUGACUAGAACAAAAAUGCAAUCAUGCUUUUUUAUUUUGCUUGUUGGCCAUUUUGAAGUUACCUUUUAAUAAUGAAGAAUUUAGUUUAUUUUUUUAUCUUCACUUAAAAUUUUGUAAUAUCAGAAAAUUCACAAUGUAUCUUAAUUAUAAGAGAAGGAAAGGCAAUAAAAAGAAUGUUCUAUUGCUUCCAUGACUUAUAUAAACUCAUUCCAUCAAUUCACUUGAGUUCAGCAUUUUACACAGAUCACUUUAUAGGCUCUUCAAACUCAAAAUAUCUCUGAUAAAAGGAAAAUGUUUUGCUUGGUUCUUGCCAAUUUUUUAUGAAUAAAAAUGUUUUCAUGA